GCGGGAAGGCGAGACCCGCCGUUGAGGGGACGGGGCCCCCUGCCCGACCCGCCGUGAAGGGGGAAAGUGGGCUCCGGCGCUGAGGGGAGUGAACCCCGUCCGUUGUUCGGGGCGGGGGAAGUUUUCAGAAUGACUUCCUUGGUUGACAUGCCCUUGAACUAUGAAAAGAUGUUUGCUCACCGAUUCACAUCAGAUGAUGAAGAAUACCAAGAAUAUCUGAAACGCCCUGCAGAUCCCCCUCCUAUAGUUGAAGAAUGGAGAAACAGAUCUGGUGGCAACCAGAGAAACAGAGAUCGGUUUCAAGAUGGCAGAUAUUUUAGAGGGGACAGAUACAACUGGCAAGGUGACUAUAGAUCUAAUCAGAGGCCAGAGAGAAGCUGGGGCAAUAACUACCAGCAGCACAGACAAGGGCAAUCGUACUCCUCCCACUACGGCUACAACUCCUACAACCCCGGGCCACGUUACCAUCCCUACUGAUGAUACUGGUGGUUUGAAAGUCCAGUAAUGUUGUGUAACAAAUUCAGUUAAACUUCAGUUUUCUUAUUUUUCCACAGUUUCAUAGAUAACUGAAGAUUCAGUAUUAUAGUCCAUUCCUGUUUAUCUGUAGUGUGAAUUGAAAAAGGGAAUACCUUUUAUGGAUAAUAAAAGCAUAUUAUACAGAGUUUGUUUAGACUCCGUAGAUCUUGAAUUAAAUUUCUUUCUCAUUCUUUUGUCUGAAUACAUGCUAGGACACUUCUUCCAUCACUGAGAUUUCUCUCUGUUACACUUUAGGAAACACAGCAGGUCAGGGGAAAACAGCUGUGGUUUGUGUGCAGCCUGUAGUGGUGGCACAUUGCCCUCAGUACUUUUUGAAAGAGAUGUACUGUGUCUUUCUCUGGAAAGAACUUCUUAGUUUGGCUUUUGAUAGUGAGAAAGGCUCAUUUGGUUUGAAUUUCAGAUGCCUUAAAACUGAGAAGAGAGAUGCUAUUACAGAAAUAUUUUAUGGCAUCAUCAAUAGUAUCUGUUGACUCAAUGGCUUCAAUUUAUUUCCAGUGUUCCUCUUAAAACAUGGUCUAAAAGUUGGAAUAAAAAUUAAGUAGUUUAAAUAUCUAUCUUCUUAUUGUAGUAGUUCAGUGAUAUAAAAGUUUUACCUGAGAAGUGGUAUCAGACAUAAUUUGUAUCAUCUUAAAAUAAAUUUGGUAUGUGCACAACAACUUUUGGAAUUCCCAUCUCAGUAAAGCUGUAAAAUUCUGAUGAUAAAUGUAAUCAGUUUGUAUGAAAUACUUUGUGCAUGUUAUAGAAGAAAGGAACCAUAAUCAGUACUGUUCUGUACUUCUCCUGCAUGAGAAAAUAGCAUAAGCAGUGCAGAGUGUUACUCUGUUCCUAAAAGUUAAGUUUUGUGGGUUUUUUAAGUCUUCACACAAUAAAAAUAUAGUUCAAGU